CCCGUUUUCCUGUUUUGUUUAAGCAAUUUUCGUGAUCUAACACUCACUCCACUCUAAAUGUUUACCUGAAGAAGAACCAGAAGAAGAUGAUGCAUCUCAAACGCUUUCAGUUUGUUCGCACGCUUUACCGUGCUUCUUCUUCUUCUUCCUCCUCCUCAUACCUGCUCGGUAGUAGCUGCAGAAGCUAUUCCAGUGCUCUACCCAAUGGUUCUGAGCGUAGUUUUAGGAGCUUCUAUCCUCAUUUGUAUAAUGGAUACAAUGAAUUUUCCUUGGCUAGUGUUAAGGCUUUGACUCUCAGGUCUACAAUGGCUGCGGAGUUGUCUCUUUUCAUGAACGAUAAGAGGCUUUUAUCAACUCAAGUAAAAAGCGCUCCCCCUCAUGCAAGACCAGUGGGACAACAAAUAGCAUUAACGAGCCCUGGAUUUGUCUAUGAACCUUACAAACCUCGUGAAAAAAUCCCACUUUGGAAGAGAUUGUUCACUAGAACUGGUUGGAGAAGAACUAAAGAAGACAUGAUUCUGGAGCUAAAAAGUGCCUAUGCCAUUGCAAAGUUAAGGAAAAAGGGAUAUUCAAAAAAAGAAUUCUACAAUGAGGUUGCCAAUAUCUACAAGGAGUUAAACACUCUAAUAGCUAAUGGUGACAAAAAGACAUUAAGGAAAGUAGUUACGGAGAAUAUGUUUUCUGCACUAAAGAAUGAAAUUAAGCAAAGAGAAUCUGUGUGGAGCAAGGUAUACUGGGAAAUGGUUCAGCCUGUUGUGAGCAUACGAACAUUGCGUGCUCGUUUGAUUGGUGUCGAUAGAAAAGACCAUGAUAAAGUAUUUAUUCAGCUUACUCUAGAGAUUAUGGCUAAGCAGAAGUUUGAGGCAUACGACUCAAAAGGUGCUGUUGUAGCUGGUGAUAAAAAUAAGGAGGUUCUUGUCUGUGAUAUAUGGGUUUUUGAGAAGUCUCUAUUUCACAAAGGAUCAUAUUGGCGUGUUUGUGGACGAUUAUCUACAAAAGCAUCAUAGCUAUAUUCUAGCCAUUCCAAUGUUGUAACUCACGAGUCCUGCCUGAACUGAAUUCUUAUAUUGAUUUCAUGAAUAAAACUAUGUAUAGGUGUAAACCUA